AUGUUCGUCGUCGUCAUCAUCAUCUGUAUAACCAUCAUCAUCAUCAUCAUGAUGGUUGUUGUUGUUGUUGUUCUCGAGAGCUUGUACAAUAGAUACACUACUGCCAAUGCUAUCACAUUAGCCUAUGCCUAUCAUGAUGAUGCUGCUGCUCUCCUCCUCAUGUAG